AUGGAGCCUGGUAUGGUCAUCCCAUGGGAGUCUGGGUCGCUGAAUUUUCGGCUACUGGCUCUUGGGCUCCGCUGGGCUAUGGACACCAAUUUUGGGCCUAGUCACUCAUCUGGGCUGCCUCUUUCAGGGUCUCCAGCCCUAUAUGUCCACUAUGGCUCAACCACUAGCUCGUCAUUGGAUUAA